ACGUGAAAACUGGAUUUGUUCACAUCUCUCAUGAUGGCAGCAACAGAACAAUAACACCGAGGAUUAUGGUCUCAAUCGCGAGCCGUGACUGGCCAUGGUUUUACCCAACGAGUUCCGUCCCAUCAACCGUGCCGUGCCGUCCACCUUCGGACGAACGCUUUUGCUUCUUGUCAGCUCCAAGUGGCAAUGGCAACGUUAUGUCGAGGAUUGGAUGACACAGCAAGCAAAAGUGGGCCAAACUAUCACAGAAUGCCACCACACGUUUCGAUUCCUACAUUCAACUACGUGUACACUGUAUGUAUGUGCAUACACUAUGUGAAAAAACUUCUCUUCUGUCACCUCAUAAGGCGGACGUGGAGGCCAACUGCUGGGCGAGAACUCGGACAGUGGGGCAGAUCGACGCAAGCUCACAUCUCAAUGCCGGUGUCAUUGGCUGCAGUGGUUUCCUGCCUUGGAUGGCCGUUGGCUCGCGUCCCGGGAAUGACAAGGAGGGGCGGGCUAUUUUGCCCGUACCUUGCAGGAGCUGCAAGGAACAGUCGCUGGCGCCAGUUCUGUCAAAAUUGGGUCGCCAUCACUGCCCUAACUUUGAUUUUUAGGUGUCUACGCAGUAACAUGCCAAGCCUGUUUGCCUGCUUUAGGGCCACAGUUUGUAUCUCUUAGGUACGAGAGCUAGCAGCAUGAUGGCCUGACCGGACAAACACAACAGGGAUGAGGGAGGCGCUGCCCAGUCCACAGCUUUCUUACUCUCUGGGCCACCCAGAACUCCGGGAUGGGUGCCUUAACUCUCAGCCCUUUCAUGUUUUGCUCCCUCCGCCGUUUCUGAUCCUUCUCUCUUCACACAUUCACUGUUUGCUUCAGCCCACCUCCUAAGA